CCUUUUUUAUUAUGAUCAUAGCAAAAGGAUAUUCAACUCAAUUGUGUCUUGCACUAAAGCAAAAGUAAAACGAUUUAUCUUAUCUCCAGUUGCGUAAAUAUCGAAAAAACUAACAUGUUUUGAAAAGGAAUUGCAGUAAAGUUUGUAACAAAUUAUUGCCCCUAAUCAACACGUUUGCUGUGUCUAGAGAAUAACCAUAUCCCCAACAUCCGAGUCCGGGCUACGGCCAGUCUGUUCGUAAUCCUGGGUACACUAGUAAGCCUCAUCAUGGAUAGUGCAACAGCAGCCGACGGUGAAGAGCUUGAAAUUUUGCGACAUGCCAAAUACUUUGGUCGGUUUCUGACUAUACUUCCUGCCCGGCUUGCAUCACAUGAUUCGACCAGGGUUACGAUUGCAUUCUUCGCUGUAAGUGGAUUGGAUGUCCUGGAUGCGUUGUAUUUAAUUUCCGACUCAUUUAGGUCAGAUAUCAUUAAUUGGAUAUACAAUUUACAAGUCAUUCCAAAACCUGGUGCCAGGCCGUGUGGAGGGAUUCAGGGAUCAAGUACUCUGAACAUUGCCAAUCCUCCAGAAUGCUGCGGACUGGAUGUAUAUCGGUGGGGUCAUUUGGCUAUAACGUACACAGGGAUUGCAGUACUGGCAGCACUCGGUGAUGAUUUUUCACGCCUUAACAGAAAGGCUAUCAUUGAAGGAGUGGCCGCUGUGCAACGGGAAGACGGAAGCUUCAGUGCCACAAUCGAAGGUAGCGAGCACGAUAUGCGGUUUGUGUAUUGUGCGGCAGCUAUCUGUGCCAUGUUGAACGAUUGGGGUAAGGUGGAUAAGCGGAAAAUGGCAGACUACAUAGUGAAGAGUAUUCGCUACGACUACGGUAUUAGUCAACACUACGAGAUGGAGUCGCAUGGAGGGACCACAUUCUGUGCAAUAGCCGCCUUGCAAUUGAGUGGCCAGCUAGACAUUCUGGAACCGGUGGUGAAAGAAAAAAUAAUACGGUGGCUCAUUUUCCGCCAGGAGGAUGGCUUCCAGGGUCGUCCCAACAAACCGGUGGAUACGUGCUAUUCGUUCUGGAUAGGAGCAACACUGAAAAUUCUCGAUGCAUUCGAAUUGACCAACUACAAAUCUAAUCGCGACUAUGUCUUUUCGACACAGGACAAAACCGUAGGAGGUUUCUCGAAAUGGCCCGGUUCUCAUACUGAUCCGUUUCAUACGUAUUUCGGUAUUUGCGGACUAAGCUUUCUGCAGGAGCCCGGUUUGCUUCCAGUGGUGCCAAGUCUGAACAUAUCACAACGAGCCUUCGAACGACUGAAACAGUUGCAUGCGGUGUGGGAUCUAGAAGCGCAGUCUGAUGUGCGAGUGAACAUUGAGUAAGUUAACAGAAGAACCGUCAAGAGCGCACACCGCAUAAAUAUACAUUAACCGGGCGCUACAAAAUGUUUGGCGUUAGAUUUCACCAAAUUAAUUGUUUCCUAGUUUGCUGAUAUGCGGAUUUUUUUCCGAUAGAACAAAAGUGAUCCUAAAUGCUUAUUUUUAUAUCAUGCGAGAAAAUCGCACGCGGGAAAUACACCGUAGAAGUGUAUAAUAUAAAGAUAAGUGUAGAAGUGUAUAAUAUAAAGCUUCUUAGAAAUACAUACAUUUAUUGCAGUGGAA